AUGGCACGGUACAGAAGAUAGGACUUGGAGCUGGAGGAGGAGAAGCACAAGGAGGUGCGAACACCACCUACAGAAAGUCCCAUACGCCCCUUUGUGCCUACAUAAGACCUCGGUCUCCAUACCCAGCUUGCUGAAGCUCCCACCGUCCCUCCCCGUCGCAAUCCACAUCUACCUGUCUGUCUGUCGCCUUCGAAUCCAAAUCAGCCCCCGCCGUCUGCUCUUUCUUCCACAUAUUCAGUGCUUUUAAAUAUUGCUAGAGGAGGAGUAGUACAUAGGUCCGGAUUGCGCCUGCGGAUUUGGCGACGGAGUGUCAGCAUCGAAAUUGUGGACCGAGAGCACGUGCAAGACCUCUGGCCGCGGACGCAGGAGGGACGAAGACCUUUCACCACUACUCUGCGCAGUCAGUUAUGAUCUGGGACUCACCGGACAUCUCAAGGCGUCCGCGUUCGAGCUGCUGCACGCACGAGAGCUCCGAGAACUCGUGCGCGAGGCAUCGAUCGAGCUACUACUGGUGGCCGGAGCGAUGGGAGGCGAAUGGGUGAACCACGCGGGCGAGAAGGUGCGCAACGACAUCCUUCAGGUGCUCGAGAGCAAGCGCAAGAAGCUCGAUCCGCCAUGGACCGUCUGCGGCAGACAAUCGAAGUUCCGCUACCGGCGCCAUAACCUCGAGCUCGCGCCGGACCUCCAAGAAGAGAAGCUCACAUUGCUGACGGAGGAUUGCGACCAGGGCCGCGUCCCAGUGCUCGUGAUCAAGCCCGCGGACGACGAUGAGCCGGACGCGGACACGGACGCGGGCGCGGCCAAACAACGGCCGGCCGUUAUAUUCUUGCACUGCACGGGCAAGAGCAAGGACGCCAUGCGCCCGUGUAUGGAACGCUUCGCGGCGCGCGGGUACGUGGCGGUAGCAAUCGACUCGCGGUACCACGGAGAGCGGGCGGCCUGCGGCGAGGCCUACCGGGAAGCGCUGAUUCGGGCCUGGGCGACGGGCGACGAGAUGCCCUUCAUCUUCGACACGGUGUGGGAUCUGCGCAAGCUCGUGGACUAUUUGCACACGAGGGCGGACGUCGACCCUGCGCGCAUCGGCAUGCUCGGCAUUUCGCUGGGCGGCAUGCACUGCUGGUACGCGGCCGUGGCGGAUCCGAGGAUUUCCGUGGUGGUGCCCAUCAUCGCCGUGCAGUGCUUCGGGUGGGCCGUGAUCAACGAUAUGUGGCACGCGCGGGUGCAGAGCAUUCCUCAUGUUUUCGAAGCCGCCAUGGUCGAUUUGGGCAAGAGCGCCGUGGACGCCGAGAUCGUGGCGUCCGUUUGGAGGCGCAUCGCUCCCGGUUUGAUCGACCGAUUCGACGCCGAGCACACCAUUCCCGCCAUCGCUCCCCGGCCCUUGUUGAUCCUGAACGGCCAGGAGGACAAACGCUGCCCUGUUCGUGGCCUGGAGACCACUCUGUCCAUCGCUUCCGAGGUUUACAAAAGUGCAGGUGUUCCCGAGAAUUUCAAGUUCAAGGCAGAGGAGGGAGUCGAGCAUGCCCUCUCUGAUUCGAUGCUGUACGAUGCCAGCGUCUGGAUGGACCGGCAUUUGAGACCGGACUGCGUUGGCUCUCAAGAUUAUGUUUCUCUUCCGAAGGGCAGUGAUUUCCAUCUUUGAUUCCACCGGUGUGAGAAUAGUUUGAACCCAGUUUCCAUGCUACUAUCGAGAAGACAACUCCCGAUCGACGAAUCAAGGCAUUCAUGUCGAGACCGGGGAUGAAUUGGUGAUUCGAAUUCGAAUUUUACGGCUGAAGUUCUCUACUUUCACCUCUUGGAUGAUAGCGACGUCAAGCCCUCGAGUCAGCAAUCAGAGUAUGAACUUUGUCAGUUUGAUGUACGCCUUUUACAAGCAUUAGAUCACAGAAAUUUAAGUUUCGACAAUCUAGACGUAAUUAAUCAAAUUAGCUGGCGUAGAAUUCGAAUACACCAGAGCAGGGUACGAAUUGGCACUGUUUUAGACAUGAUAUUCGUUAUAUAGAGCACACGCACGCAAGCCAGAGGCAGCUUACUGAAUGACAAGCGUCUUUGUACAAAGAUAGGAAAAGGACAUGCAAUUGCACUCCUCAUCUGGAGACGUGUCCGGCUUAAUAUAGCACAGGAUAGUCCACCAUUUGUAACGCAGAUGCACUCACUGUGUAAUGUGAGGAGAUAUCGACAAAGGCGAAUGCAAUCUUUCGGUGAAGAUGGUAGGCCAAAUGUAAACCAUUCGGUUCAGAUCGGACAUCGCUCUGAGCGUUCGGUAGAAAUGAAUUGUGUCUUCAAUCUUCAUCUGAAAGCUCCCUCUUAUCG